AUGGAAGAGUCUAUGAGAGUAAACAAUAUAUGCACCUUGCAUCAGAUUUUGGAGGACGUGAUCAAAGAGACUAUAAAUGAUAUCUCACAGAAAGAUCUUAAUGAAAUGAUUAAAACUGCUGUGUGGAGGCCUGAUAAAAAUAACAAAAGUGAACAGCGUUUCAUUUCACGAAUGCGAGAUAGACAUACCCGUGAAGAAGCGGAUGCCAAACGGCGCAUAAAAAAGGGCCUAACACCUGAGCUUUAUCUUUAUGAAAUCCCAGAACCAGGCGAGCGGUUUGAAUAUGUUGUAGUUGAGAAUGAUUCAUCAGAGAGGGUGGGUGACAAAAUGGAGUACCCAGAAGUGGUAAGACGACUUGGUAAGAAGAUUGAUGCUAACUAUUAUCUGAAAACCGUUGUUGGCCUCCCUCAAUCAAAGAUAUCGGGAGGAAAUGUAAACUAG